AUGAUAUUGAACCAAACAAUGUCAUUGGAGAAGAUAACAUGAGAUUUGAAGAUGAUAUUCAACCAAACAAUGUCAUUGGAGAAGAUAACAUGAGAUUUGAAGAUGAUAUUCAACCAAACAAUGUCAUUGGAGAAGAUAACGUAGAAUUUGAAGAUGAUAUUGAACCUAACAAUGUCAUUGGAGAAGAUAACAUGAGAUUUGAAAAUGAUAUUGAACCAAACCAUAUUAAUGAAGGUGAAAACCCAGGUGAAAAUAUACCCAAUGGUUAUGCCAGUGAUCCUGAAGAUGAAGAUCAAGAUGUCAUAUCAGUGAGCUACCUGCUCGAUUCAUUAUCUCUCGAACACAUAAAAAAUGUUCUAUACAUUGGACUGCAUCAAUUAUUCGACGAAUUUGAAAUUAAGGUAGCUAGCUGCCCUUGUUUAACCCGAUCGCCAUACAAUCUUGCCGCAGUUGGACUAUCUGGUAAUCCAUCUAUUUUAGUAACGGGUAGGGUACGAAAUUUAGUGCCCGUCCCAAUAAUAAAUUCUACAUAUAAUAUUCGACGUCUAUUACUACAACGUCGCAACAAUUUCUUUGUCAUUGGAGCAGGUUAUGCCGCGAAGGAAUCUAUGCCUGCCAACGGUCAUUUUACUAUUAACGCAACAAUCUCGCCACCUGAAAAUGUUAUUAAUAAUAGUCGUAUCGGUUAUGAGGAAGCUAAUACUGGGGAAAGAAUAUUGAAAACCAUCAACGAUCCCAAUAAAAUGAAAUGUUCUAUGUUGGGUACCUUUUUUCUCAGUGAAGGCAAACCAGGAAACGUAAUUGAAGUGCGUGCUAAAGGUCGCAGAACCAAUUAUGAUAUCAUAACAUUAAUACAAAGUUGUCUCGAACGUUAUCAACCCGAUAAAGAUAUUGGUCUAGGUGGCGUGCUUAUGACAAAUGGAGGACGAGUGAUGCAACUUAUUACACCAGAAAAUUAUCCGGAAAGGUGUCGUACAAUAAUAGAUUUUUACAGAUGGUUAAGAUGUCAUGAAUUAAAAAGAAAUCUAAUAACUGUUGGUGCAUUAGUCAACUCGGUGCCAAUCCAUUCUUUAGGACGUUUGAGAAAUGAGGGGCCUAUUUUAGAAAUGACAGAUGGUUUCAAAUUUCAUAGUUUCUCCAAUCAUGAUGCAGUCGGCCAGUAUAUGAACGAUGUCACGCCGAAUGAAACGGAGUACGUGUGUUACUUCAAUGUAGCACAAAAAUUGUAUACGGAUGUCUAAGAAUAAUUUCUAAUUUCGCAAA